GUACCAUACUACAUACCUUCUUAGACUUAGACAAGACCUGUUACACCAUUCAAGAUUGUCUCUAUCACCAUCAACGAAGAGUACGCAAACCAUUUACGAUGUCAAAUCACUACCGCCGCAUUGAUACCACCGAUCCUCGCAGACAUGAUCGGAUUCAACCCUUACAAUUUCCCGAUCCAUGGCUAGAUGAUUCAGCCGAUUUGUAUGGAUUCUUAUUAUCCUCUGCAACAAUGAUGAGUGGUGCAGCAAUGAUUACAAGGUUACCAACUUUAUCCUUCGCAGGAUUACUGUUUGCACUAGCAAACAAUGCACACGAUAAACCACAUCAAGCCAAGAAGGAAUCGGCGCAAAACGCAACUGGUGGACCGGUGAUGGGAUUGAUCUUUGCUUCUUUGAGUAUAUUCUUGCUCAUCGUCCAGAAGCUACUCGGCGUUGGUGCACCCGGACAACCUGUUGGAGUACCAUUAGGAUCUGCAAAGCCCUGAUUAUGUCGAUUAUGUCUCUCACACUUUUAUCAAUCGCGAGAGUUCCUCACACAAUAUUCUACCUCGUCACUUACUGUACUAUACUCACACUCAAUUAAAUGCACAUCGCAUCCACAAUCAAUAAUCAAAGACACAU